AUGACUAGCAACACCUACGGCAGCAGCUACGCCACUGAUCCCUACGGGACCAGCACAUAUGGCACCAACACCUACGGCACUGCUAGCGACUACAGCACAGGCUACGGAUACGGCACCACAGGCUACGGCGCCGGCACCAACGCCUACAGCACAUACGGCGACACGACCGGCGGAGGAGCCAACCGCACCACUUACGAUCCAUCCACCGGUGCCUAUGACCAGCAUAUCGACUACGAUGCCAAUGCCGGCACGCGUCGCCAUCACCGUGAGCAGAUGGAUGAUACCGGCCGUUACUACCAUCGCGAUGUAGACCGGGAUACGACUGGCUUGGACAAUACUACCCGCGUGCAUAAGGAUUACUCAAAUCCCAAUACCGGUACUAGUUAUAGCAGGGAUUCGUCCUAUGAUCGCAAUAAUCUGGUUUGA